UGGUGCCAAACAUCCACAUCAGGUUUAACUUUUUUAAAAUUCUUGUGAAACAAAUAAAUGCUUUGGUGAAACACCUAAAAGAACCAGUCUUAGACAGAUCAGACAACCACACCAUGAAUGGAAAGCAGUUAGUUUUGGUUCUGGCCACCGUCCUGGUGCUGGGCAGCCUACAAGUGGCGGCGACAGAAACAAGCGACAACAAAACCGGCGAGUUUGUUGCCACCAGGGACUGGCAGGUGAUCAGCGAAGGUCAGGCCAUUCCAAAAGGCUUGCACGUACGCAUUAAUUUGCAGACUGGCCUGAAAGAGGCCAAGCUGCUGGACGAGAGUGAACGUGGCACAGCGCUGCAGAGCCAGACGGAGGAGAGUGACAGUGAACCGCUGGCCCUGGACUACAAGAAAGAUGUAGCUGAGGCGGCGCAGCGCCACGCCAAGGAGUACGUGGAGUUGCGCAAGGCCUACAAGGAGUUCCAGAAGAAUUUUCGCACCGAUGGCGAGCUGAUUGUCCAACUGAUUGGACAGUACCGAAACUUCAGCAAGAAGCCCCUAGAGUCGGAGCUGAAGACCAAGCUGGACGCGCUGGAGAACCUCGAGUUUUUGCUUCACCAAAUCGACAAUGCCCUGGUGUUUAUCGACAACGGCGGACUGGAUGACGUGUUGCUGCCCAUCGUGGUCAACGACACGAACACGGCGCUCAGAGUCUCCGCAAUGCGUGUGCUGGGCUCCCUGACGAGCAACAAUCCCAAGGCGCAGAUCAAGGUGUUUGAGAAGAGCUUCGGAUCGUAUCUGUCCCAAAUACUCAUGAGCUCCACAAGCUCGGCGGAGAUCUCCUCGGCGCUUCAUGCCUUUGGGGCGCUGCUGCGAAAGUUUCCGCUAGCCCAAACGCGUGUCCUCUCCACCUCGGGCACACAGGCGCUGAUUCGUGUACUUCGCAGCCCGGACAUGGAGCUGCGCAGCAAGGGCAAGGUGGUGACGCUCAUCAGUGAUUUGGUGCAGGAGAAGCGUUCAGUGCUGGAAGGCAGUAAAGACACGACGGAUGCUGCCUCGUCCUUCGCCCAAUAUGUGCUCAUCGAGUUUGAGUCUUGGCUGGAGACGCAGGGCUACUGCACAGCAUUGGAUGAUGUGCUAGCGAAGGACUUUCUGCACUUGCUGGACCAGCCCGAGCUGGUGGAGCAGUUCUCCACGGCCAUCUGGACCACGCAGAGUAUGUGCCACGUCGCCUGGUCGCAAAGCUCGGCCCUGCGGCAUGCCCUGCUCACGAUCCGCAAUAGAUAUGCCAAUAGCAAGGAUGAGUAUCGUCUGGAGGUGUCACAGGCGCUGGACAAUAUCUGCAAGAGAUUCUACGACAAGCCGAAGCACACAGAACUGUAGGUGGACAGACAACAUUCUCAGAAACGUAGCCAAUUUUAGUUGUAUGUAUUUAAGUCUCUAUUUAUUUAAGUUGAUUUGAAUGCAAUUCGAACGCCAAAUCGCAGGUCUCCAAAUAUGUUUAGGUUAAGUCUGAGGAUACUUUUCUUACACACACACACACAGUGGCCAAGUACUUGUGAUGCGCACAGAAUGCUCUUAAUGUGAAUAUAGAACUGGUCAUAAAA